CUUUAUGACCAGCAUUUUUGGUGUAAUCAUGGCAAAGGCGAAAGCGAAGGUGCCUGUGGCGACGCAAUUCAAGCGGCCUGGAGCCAAGAAGCAGAAGCGUAAGACCCGAAGCACAGUAGAUAUCGUGCGGCCAUGGACAGCGCCACAGUUUGUGGAGCUGGCCAAGGAGGAUCGCGAUAUUGUGCUAGAUAGACUGCAGAAGGAGGUUGCCGACGUGCCGACCACGCGCAGUCACGCGGUGCAAGGAGUGAACCAAGUGGCCCGAUCCGUGGCCAGACGCGAAGUGAAAGUGGCGAUCUUUGCCAACAACCCCGAGUCGUUGGCGUUCGGCUAUUUGCCACUACUUUGCAGAUUGCAUCAGGUGCCUAUUUGCGUGCUGCACUUGUCUUCCAAGACGUUCGGCAAGGUUUUCAAGUUAAAAAGUAUGGUGGCGGUCGGUAUCAAAGCGCCGAUAGCAAGUGCGAAGGAGGCUGAAGGUGCUGCAGUGAACAAGAAACCGCUGCUACUGACAGAACCGGAGCAGAAGAAGAUCGCAAGUAUCACGGAGUUUUUGAUCUCCAAGGCUAGUAAACGGACAUCGUGACAGUAGACGACCAGGAUGCAGAAGUACCAGCGUGAAUGCACAUGUACACUGUAUUGGAAUUUCACUGCUCGAUACCGUAAUAUGGAGGAGAUCGAAAGGUGUUCAAGAUUGGAGGAUACCAGGCCGUAACACAUUUACCUUUGACUGAUGGAAUAUUUUAGCGGUGAACAGUGUGAACGCUUUUUCGUGCUAGGCGAACAAAUAACAAAGCAUUUUCUGGCAUGUCGAUUGACGUGUGAAUUCGACAAUGAGUUCAAUGCAUGCAACUAUCAACACGACUGUAGAACUAGAAC